AUGUAUAAUAAAAUUUUCAAAGAGGCACCUUUACUAUUACCAAAACCAAUACUAAUCUCGAAACUUGAAGCUCUUCCCAAAUGGAAGUUAAUAGACAAUGAAUUGGUUAGGGAACAUAAAUUCAGAGACUUUGAAGAGACAUGGAGUGUACUUACAAAGGUUGCUAUGAGGUCGCAUUUGUGGGGUCACCAUCCAACAAUAACUACUACGUAUAAUAAGGUCCAAUUCAGGCUUACGACACAUGACGUUUCUGGAGUCUCCAAUAUUGAUUUAAAGCUUGCAAGCAAGAUCGAGAAGUACUUGACAACUAAGGCAUAA